CGGCGGCAGCGCGGGCAGUGCGGCGGCGGGCGGCGCGCAGGGCGGAGCGGCGGCGGCUCCUGCGGGCGCCGGGACUCUCUGUGCGCGGCGCUGCUUUGAGAGGCGGCGGCGAGGGGCCGCUGCCUGCCGGCCAUGUCGGGCCGGGGAAAGUCCGGCGGGAAGGCGCGGGCCAAGGCCAAGUCGCGCUCGUCGCGGGCCGGGCUGCAGUUCCCCGUGGGGAGGGUGCACCGGCUGCUGAGGAAGGGUAACUACGCGGAGCGGGUGGGCGCCGGGGCGCCGGUGUACCUAGCGGCGGUGCUGGAGUACCUGUCGGCCGAGAUCCUGGAGCUGGCGGGCAACGCGGCCCGCGACAACAAGAAGACGCGAAUCAUCCCGCGGCACCUGCAGCUCGCCAUCCGCAACGACGAGGAGCUCAACAAGCUGCUGGGCGGCGUGACCAUCGCCCAGGGCGGUGUCCUGCCCAACAUCCAGGCCGUGCUGCUGCCCAAGAAGACGCAGAGCUCCAAGAAGUGAGCGCUGCCCCCCGUCCCCCUGCCCCCAGCUCCCUUCUCACCACUGCCUCACCUCUCUCCUCCCGAUGAGGCUGGGGUUCCCCGUCCUGCCCCUCAGCCCGGGCUGGGUGGUGAGCCCUGGCAGCACCCUACCAGCCCUCCACUAGCACCCCCGGCCUGGGCUGCGGCAGGGUGCUGGGGGAGCAUGGGUGAGGUUAGGCCCUGCUUGUGCCCCCACCCUGCCCCUCUUCCCUCUGGAAGAAGUGGUUUUGGAGGAGGCAGCUGGAUCACAGCUGUUGGUAGCGGUGAUAUCUGGAGCCGUAUGGUUGGGUCAUGGUGCAGAGCUGCUGGGAGCUGCUGAGGAUUGUUUUGGCUGGUGUGGGGAUGGACACGGGUAUCCCCGGCUGCCUCCCCCCUGUGCCAGCCCUGGGACUGUGCAGGGCCCCCCCAGCUGGCCCUGCUCGCUCUGGUGUGAGGAUGGGACUCGCUGCUGCCGUGCCCCCCCCCUCCAUCCUCAGCAAUGCCGUUCCGGCCGCACUGCAGCUGCGAGAGCGGGGGGGCUGGAAAAUGUGAAGAGGAGGAAAAGUUUCUCCGUUGGCAAGAAGUGGCUGUUAGUCUUAGUUUUGUUCUUGGUAAAGCUAGUGCAUCGCCUACUGUAAAGAAGCUUUGGUCCUAUUUAUUUUGAGGUCUCUUUUAUUCUGGGGUACUCCCCUGCAAAGUCACCUCCCCGCAGCUCCCUGGCUCGGUGGGUGCUGGGGGGCUCGGUGGUCCCACAUGCCGUGGGUCCUGCUGGCAGGGUGGGGUGGAGGCUGCGGUGACAAAUCCCCUCGGAGAGCGUCGCAAGGUCAGGCGCCCGCCGGGAGCGGGAGCUGCCAUCUUCUGCUGUGGCUCCCCUCCUCUCCCAGCUGCAGAAGCCCUUCGCCUCGCUGAGAGCUCCCCUGUACCCUGGUUGCACUUCUGGAAAAUGAUAUCCUGUGUCUCCCUUUUUGUUGUUGUUUGUUUGUUUGUUCAGCACUAUUUCUGGUUCUGAGAAAUAAAGUGACGAUGAUAUGUGUUAACUGUAAACCCUCUAUGGAUUAAUAUUUCUUUUCAAAACCUGUAUCAAAGCCCACUCCUAGCUAGCACUGUAUUUAUUUAAUGGCUGUGUGGAUAGUGUGCGAGCAUGGGGGCAGGCUAGCUGUCCCGUGACCCUUGGAAUAGCUGAUGCAGAGGCAGCUUUCCUGGCUGCCCAGCGCAGCCGCUUCUGUGAGCCCGUGUGCAUGCGGCAGUGUCGAGGCAACCCGACCAUAGACCUUCAUCACGUGUUUUUUAAGUAAAAAAAGAGCAUCUCCUAUUUAUGUGCUGUUAAGUAGCAUGUGUUCGACCUAUGGAAUCAGCUGUUAAUCUCGUGGAUGAAGUAACUUACCCCGGCUCUCAGUGUAAUGUUUAGAACUAGAGUAGAUGAACCUGGACGCUUGUCAACUGGCUUUAGGAAGGCGGUUUUCACUCUGGAAUGUGGAAGCGAUGUGUUCACUGGUGGUGUGCCAGUGGGGGUGUGGAGGUGUCCCACAGUUACUGACCUCGGAUGGGUGGGGGGCACAGCCCUGCUGUGGCAGCGCAGCCCCCCUGGGAUCUCUGCCUCCUGUGAAGGGACUGUUACAAUCAGCAAGGUGGGGAUGAGCAGUUUGCUUUCUGCUGCCCAGUGUGGUGGUUGAUGUGUCUGUAUCCGAGUGUCUUGUUCUCUCCCUCUUGUUUUCUCCAGGACCAGUGUUCUGUAACCCCGAGAAUGUUUUGUAUUUCUUAGAAAAAUGCAGAACUUGUGAUACUGAAAAGAAUGGUGCAAACCCAAUAUCUGAUUAAACUGGUUCCCUGUUGAA